UGAAUUCAUAGGUGCAGUAUGAUGAUGGGCUGACAGAAAAAAGACUUACAAUGCCUUCAGUGAAAUAUUCAGAUCCUAAAAAAUACUAUGAUUUAGCUGUUAGCAGGUAGAACUUAAGUGUUAGUUUCUAAAGAGCUGUGGAUUACACACAUUUAUUCUGAGCAAUUAUGCCCGUGGGUUUUUCCCCUGGGUCAUUAAGUAAACUCUGUCUAGCUGAAACACUCAGAUGUAACCCGUCAGCUGCUGGGGAUCAAUUGGUCCAGACUAGAUGUGAUCACUAUGGCUGUAAAUGGCUUUAUUAGUGUAAUUGCGCUCGUAGCCACAUGACGUCACGACUCGUGCGCUGCAUCUCCAGCGGUUCACUGUUCGAUCAGAGUGGAGAGUGAUCCGGAUCAAACAGCGCUGCUUUUGGUCUUCGCACCUGACAAAACGGAGUGUAUUCUCACCGCUUCGGGGAUGUUGAAGAGAGAGAUUUAAAAAAAAAAACAGCUCACAGUCUUCUUGGAGCUUUGGCGGACAAUCUGAGUCAAAUUAAUAGUUGAUCAAAUUGGUUGGAGGAGUUUUAAGGCGGGUGUGAAGUUUGGGAUCAGACACACCCGUCGCUGUCUGUGUGACGGAGCAGCGGACAGUAACAGGAGUGGAAAUGUGUCUCACUUGUGUUUUUUUAAAUCGUCCUAAACUCCGUCUGGAGGCUCACACGGUUUAGUUACUGAACGCUGGACUUAAAGGGAGAGUUUGGAUUUUCACUCUGCUGGAUCUACAGGAUGCUUCAACACUUAAACUCACACAAUGUGCCACCAGAGGGAAAGCGGGUCUGUCUGACAAGUUCGCUUGACGUUUUCUUUUAAUCCUCGACAGACCUUCUUUAGACUUCCUUAAAACGCGAUGAUUUUAAUAACUUUUGUUGUUGUAUUGUCCAUUCUGGGUAAGUGAUACUUUUAUCUGCUGAAAUGUUUUGUGGUUAUUCUAAAAUGCACCUGUUUCUGCACCGGACAGCGAUGGUUCAAAAAAAAAAAAGGCGCAUUAAUCGUAGAGAUAUUUCCUCGCAUGUCCAAUGAGUUGUCUGCUUGAUGUGUUUUACAUCACUGAGGUAUUAGCCUAUGGCGCACAGCCCGUGUCCAGAAAGUUUGUCUCGUGCUCUGCGCAUCUUAGUGUGUUAAUUGGAAACACUGCAUCGUGAUAGUCUCCAAUUAUACCCUGAUAAUUGACUGAUCGCUCAGUCUGUUGUGCGUAAAACUGUGUGUACAAAUGAGUUUCCAUCAUGAACACAAAUUCAGAUGUCCUCCUCCUUGUACCUCCCAGACUCCGUGUUCACCUUGAGGGGAGACGGUACCUCACCCUCCCGCUCCCCCCGUCUGGACUGCGUGAAGGCCAGUGAACAAUGUCUGAAGGAGUACAGCUGCAGCACCAAAUACCGGACCAUGAGGCAGUGCGUGGCCGGGAGGGAGAGCAACUUCACCGCGGUGACAGGUCCCGAGGCGCAGGGCGAGUGCCGCAGCGCGAUAGACGCCAUGAAGCAGAGCCCGUUGUACAACUGCAGAUGUAGGAGAGGCAUGAAGAAGGAGAAGAACUGUCUCAGGAUCUUCUGGAGCAUAUUCCAAAGUUUACAGGGUAUGCAUUCACAGCAACCUCAUGACUAUUUUCUCAAGUUCAGAGCGAGUAUAUGUAAAGAUGUUGGAAGAAGUAUUCACUGCUUAUUUCUUAAAAUAGGUCAUCACCUUAAAAAGUAAAAAGUUACACAAGGCCACAUUAUGAUCAUGCAUCCAAUUUCAGGAAUGUUAAAGCUGUGCCAGGUAAGUUUGUUAAAGUAAUGGAAUGAAAAACAGUUCCAAAUAAAAAAUACAUGUACCUCUAUUAAUUAUUCGCAGUCAUACCUGAUUACCUUUUAUGGUAAGAACUGUUAAAGCACCAACAUCAGCAUCAGAAUCAGCCUCUGACAUUGUCCAGAUUUGGUUUAUAGGACAUGGCACCAGCACCAAAGACUAUAUCCAGUCACUGCACCAGUCUGCUGGCCCAGACAAAUUAACUUUAGUCUUCUACAAUGUGCCAAAAAAUAAACUAAUUUCAAUACCAGUUUAUCAAUCAGCCUCUAAAACUGUCUAAACUUUUCAAAGGGUGUAGGGUAUGGGAAUAUAGGCUAUCUGAAACCAGACAGUAUUGCAGUUAGAUAGUCUAACCAAUUAGUCCAAACAAAUCAUAGUGUUUAUUUCUAUGUGACGAUAAAGAAUCAGAACUUUCAGAGGAUAUAGUGUUAGUAAAAGCUAGCAAAAUGCCCACAAUCAGCAUUGUUCACUCAACAGAUUUAGUAAUGAGAAGCAUGAGAAUAUCUGUACUUGGUAUAUUAAUCAUUUACAUAACACUAAUUUAUUAGUUUAUAAAUACUCUAUAAUAGACUGUACCUGUUCACAUGAGAAACAAAGUACUUUUUGUCAUGUUGGAUCCAUCAAAUCAUUAUGAAUAUGUUUGUACAAUAAAAUUGAGCACUUUCGUUUUCCUUCAUGCAGCCAAUGAUCUGCUGGAAUACUCUCCAUAUGAACCAGUCAAUAGUCGCCUCUCAGAUAUCUUCCGCCUGGCCCCUAUCAUAGCUGGUAAGUUUCUGUUUUUUAACAUUUCUCUGCUUCAAGUUUGGACAGCGUGAAAAGUUAAAUAACUGUCUACACAGAGCCAUAAUUUCUCCGUUUGUGCCUUAAACCCAGCUUAAGUCACCACAUCACUGCUGCAUAUCUGUCACUCUUUGACAACCGCUCUUUUUCUAUCGCCGUCUGGUUUCAGGCUGCAGCUUUCAACGCCCAUUAUCCAUCACAAAAGCUUUUAUCUGCCACUGUGACCCAAGCGUACACAAAGCAGAGUCAUUUAGUGUGUUUCACUUUCAGCUCUCCAAGCCGUGAUGAGAGGUCUGCGUGUUUUUUAACACUGACACACGCUGCAUUUAUGUACUAGUUUUGAAUAAAUCAUCCUUUUAGAGAGGAGUCUGUGUUGUUUGACCUCGCAGUCCUGAAUUGCUGAGUGUAAAACGAAGAAAUCCAGACCAGAAAUGUUGCUUACUGUUAUUUGUGUGUGCCCUCAAAUAUCACUGGAGUACUUGGAAGCAUACACCUAUCUAGAGACAUACACACGUACAUACACAGGGGGGCAAUUAACCAUCUGUCAGCAAUGAGUAGCAGUGAUCAGACAAGUGUUGUGUGUGUAUGUGUGUGUGUGCCAUGUGCAGCUCUCUCUGGUCCUCUUCACUGUUGAGCUUUUUGGGCGUCUACACUGGUGGCAGGCGACCAUUUCAGGGGGAAAAAAAUGGUCAUUUGAUUCCCUCCUUCCCUCUCUCUCUUUCUCUCCUUGGCUCUCGCUGUGAUUGAAUCCACUUAGCGUAUCACAGUGGCUCUGCUCCACAGUCGAUGACAUAAUGCUUAGCCGUAUUUCAAAUGGAGAGUAGGAAAGGAUUUAUUGAGAUUGGGAUUUCUGUCCUGUGCUGGAAUAGUGCAAAUGUAUUGCAGAGGUAGGUGUAGCAAUGCAAGACUGAGAGGAAUUGGAUGAAAAUUUAAAUUUGAAAAGUAGCGAAGGAUUAAAACGAGGAUUUUAGAUAAUGGCAUAACCAGUAAAACAGAGCAGGGAUUAUCCAAAACUAUGAGAAAUCACUUCUGUGUGGGGGAUGAAAUGUGGAGAUAGAGCUGGUGGUGUGGGGGUCCAGUGAAAUGUAAAGCAGUGUUUAAACCGCCAAAGGGGCUCUAAGAAAAGUGAAUCGCUUAAUGGGUUCAAUAUCAGGAAUCCUUUUGCCAUAAGUGACCUCAUUCCUGUCUGUGACUAAGCUGAGCUUCAGGGGAUCCACAGGGUGAAAUAACAUACACGUGAGCCGCUACUAUAGUGAUCCAUACUGUAUCCCAUGGGUCACUUCUAGGAUAUGAUGCUCACUGCUCUGAAUGCCCAAAAAUCAAUGCUUGUCAUUCUAUACAUUUUACAUCGCAUAAGUAUCAUCAGGUUACAUCUUUUAAUGGCUAGAAAAUGAACAGAGAAGAUGAGCAGUUUACUCACUAACUGACUUGUCUGAUCUGUCCUCCUAUGUUGUUAUUAUCUGGGACUUGUGUGAAUCGUAAAAGCUUUACACACAGUUUUGGCCAUGAUUUCUCACCUUAAAACCAGAUUAAACUUUAAAAUAUAGCCAAACGAUGUCAGCAAGACUAAGAAUCUACAACAGUGCCAGUUCAUCAUCUUGAAUUUAAUGAUAUAAGCUCAGAAGCAGAGUGUAAAUCACUACUGAAACUGAUGAAAAUGUCAUUAGUUUUGAGGAUAUUUUUUACAAAGCACCGGCAAAACUGAAAUAUUGUGACCGCACUACAUCAACAAAGUGAUAAAUUUUUUUACCCUGUGGUCAGCAUUUAUGUCUCUGCCAAUUUUGGAGGUCGUGCAUCCGGCAGAUUGUGAGAGAUAUUUGACUCAAAACCACAUGAUGAAGCAGAAAGAUAGGAAAAGUCAGCACUCACGUUCUUGAUUGUGUAACUAUCUCUGCCAGAAUGUCUUCCAAUCCCAGCUCAGUCAUUCUGGAGAUAACUUUAAAAACUAAGGAAUUAUGAAAUCAUUUAAGCAGUAUCACACAAAAAUUGUAGUAUUCAGUGUAAUGACCUGGAGUAUGAGGUACCUUUAAUAGUGUUCUUCAAGCCUUUUACUAUAUCAUGUUAUAUCAUACACUAUACUGCAGUAAAACAUAGUAUCUUAUACCAUAUUAGAGCAGAAUGACAUACAUAGUGUUCAUGGCACGCCUCUUGUCCAAUCAGAUUACAACGUCAAAACCAGCUGUGGUAUUGUAGGGCGAAUACAAAAUGACACAGAUUGCCUGUGUUGGGUUUCAAAGAGAGACUUCAAAUUUGAACAUUGAAAUCACUCCAGCACUUGGUGAGAUAUCAAAGUCUGGGACAGGGUGAGUGAUCAGAAGAAGAAUCACAAAUGCUCAUGUUCAAGUAAUAUAACCUGUCUACUUUUUCACCAAGUCACCCUUUUUGACUCACAGCUUCUAAAGAAAAGCCUCAAAUAAUAUGUAUUUAUGGUGUUGUUAAUUGUAACUAAAAGAUGAGACGGCAGAGCUAGUAUGUGUCAAGAUAGAGUCUGAAGAAACAACUGAAAUGUGAUGCUGCAUCAUUUAUAAAUCAAUGAACCAAUGCCUUUCAGAUAUGUAAUACAAUGCUUGUGUGCAAACUGGAGAAUCUUUGGACAACAGUACUGCCCUGAACAGAAGAAAAGCAGAUCUGCUGUCAAACACAACAAGCAAAGUUUUUACAGAAUUAUGCCAUUUUAUACAAAUUAUGUUAGCAAUGCUUUCUACAAGAAAGAAAAUGUAGUUUGGAGCGAGAUCUAUAACACCAAAUGCUAAAUAUAAGGAUAGGUAUAUGUCAACAAAACUCAUUUUAAAGCCCUAACUAAGAAUUGAAGAUUCUUCAAAGAAGCCACCUUUGCUUUAAUGAGAGCUUUACACACUGUUGGCUUUCUCCCAACUAGGUCAUGUUAGGUCUUCUUUGUAAAAGGUAUUGUGUGGAUGGCAGCAUAGUUGCUCCCAAACCUGCAUUGUUCACCAUUAGUGGUGCCUCCCCAGAUGUGUAAACAAGCCAUGGCAUUAUGUAUCUUCAUGUCCCCAGAGAUGCAGGUUUUGAACUUUGCUCAGAUAACAAGCCCUCCUAUGGUAUCCAUUAUUUCCAAAAAGAAUUUCAAAUUUUGAUUAUUCAUACCAGAAUAAAGUUUUCAGCUUCUUCUUAAUCCAUCAUAAAUGGGUUUGGGACCAGUAGAAAUCACCUGCAUGUUUUUCCUCUUUAUGUGGAAGAGUUUUAAGCUGCAUUUGCAGAUGCAACAACAAUCUGUUCACAGACAGUGGUCGUGAUUUUCACAGCAGAGUAGGGCUGGGCGAUAUGGCCUUAAAUCAAUAUCAUGAUAAAUUGAGCAGUUCACCUCGAUAAACGGAGGAUAACUACUCCACAAGCUGCUCACCCCCUCCCACAUUAACUUUGUCUAUUUCAGCCACCGCUCCAGCCGCUACAACUUUUGAACCGUCCUCCAUCUCCUCACCUGUCUUUCCCUCUUUGUUAUGGACUGGAUUGGGUGGAGUCACAUCUCUGGACGUAGGACAGUGUCUUAAAGGGACAUGAGACCACAGCCCACUUAAACACAUCCAAAACCAACUUUUAUUUAUUUGUUUAUUUGACACUGAAUAUACUGACAUGGGCAAAAUGACGUUGGUUAUUGUCGUAAAUUUUGGUAUCUGUAAAUUUUCGUUUUAUUGCCCAGCCCUACUGCAGAGUCAUGUCUGCUUAUCUCAUUCAAUGCCACCUGAGAGCCCAGAGGUCAUAAUCAUUCAGUAUUAGUUUUCAGCCUUGACCCUUUCAUGCAGAUAUUAUCUGAUAUUAAUCUGAUAUUAUGUGCUGUUUUAGUUUUAGUUUUUAAUGAAAUCCUUAAAGUUCUUGGAAACUUUUUCUGGCAUUGCCAAAUUAUUUCUAUCCCAGUCCCCCUCCUCUGUCUGAUUUAUUGAUACUAAAAUUGAGUCAGUAGGACAACCAUGGCAACUGUGAUCACCAGGAUUCAAACCUGUGGGCAGGGUCACUUUGACUACAUCCAUGUGGUCUAUGUCAUCAUUUUAUUUCUGCCAUUUACUUUAUUUUUUCCUCCAAGUCUCCCGUUUUUGCUCCAACAUUUUUGGUUGUCCCAUGACUGAUGAUUUAUACACAUUUUGUUGUCAGGGAGACUGAAUAUGAUUGAAUGAUUGAGAAAAAUUCAAUGAAUAGUUGCACUGAAAUGCAAUACAGCAGUAGUUUUUUUUUUUUUUCAGAAAAGUUAACAUUCAAUAUAGUUUGUCUAUCUCUCUGCUUUGAGUGUCAGUUUUUUCUGUUUCUUGAUGUAUUGCUGUAAUGUUUUUAGUUUCAGGGUUCAAAAGUUUUCAAAAAAAGCCCUCCAGCCAGUUCUUCAAUUUACAUGUAAGCAGCCACUCUCACUGAGGAAAUAUAACUGUCACUGGCUCAACCACUGAGUCCAGUGUAGUUUCUCUCUCCCCUCCAGUCUGUCCUCAGAGCUCAUCAGUAGUCCUUCAGACGGACAAGAGAUGAAGCUGGGCAUGAUGAUUUUCCAUUGCAAGAGCCUUAAGAAUAAUUUAGUGGUAGUAGCCUGAAGCAACAGAUUCAUCCUCUGAACUCUUUGUCCUCUGCUCCCGGCCCCACUGAGCUGUGAACUGUGCAUUUACAACGUAUGAGCAAACUGCUGCAGAUGAACAUCAGAGUGGCCAUCAGCAGAAGAAACGCUUUUAAUCCUCUGAUCCUUGUUACACUAGACUGCUUUCAGCCAUAUCAGCGAAUCAUCUGAAGGCAUUUCCUUUCACACAUUUCUCCUUUGUUUUCAUUUCUUUGCCCCUCUGUAACCGCAGAAUAACACAAUUUAUUCCAACCGAGUUAACCAGAGGGAGCUGCAGACACAAUCACACACACAAUAUGGGGAUUAGAAGUUUAGAAUCCAUUUAGCUGAUGAGAAAUCGAAUAAUAAACCUAAAUGUGUAACAAGUAAAGCUUAACCUAUUUAUUAACAGUCACUCUGAAUUUUGCAUUCUUCACAAGAGACAGCAUCGUGGGAUUACUGUCGAGAGGUUUUAAACGCUGCAUGGAGCACUUAAAGAUUUGUGACUCGAGGGGGAGUUAUGAAAGUUGAAAGAGGGAAAUGAUUUGCAUUCAAUCACACCAGGACCGGGAACUGAUACUACGAUCGGUGCAAUUAGGUCUGGAGCCUCGACAUGGGGUGUCUGCUUUUCCAACUGAGCUAAAGCAGCGCCCCACGAGUUUGUGUUUCAUUUUGUCUUGAGGAGACAAAUACUGUGGCUCAGCGGGUAGAGUGGCUUUUACUUUAAUUACAAAUAAAAGCCAGCUGAAUCCCCAGUACCUCCUGUCUUCAUGUCAAAGUGUCUGUAAGUUAAGCACCUUGACCUGCACUCUGCAUAGUAGCUUAAACAGUAUUAAUAUUUUGCUUUCUUGGGUGUGUUGAAAUGAAAACAAACAGCCAACAGCCAAGUACUAGAAAUAUGUAAUGUUACUUGAAAGUAUGUCAACACAUGGAGUGAACCCUGAUAUGAUUGAAGUAUGCCAAGAGUAAGGAUUUCUGUAAAUCCAGCCCCAUUUUCAGCAUAUAUGUAAAGCAAAGCUUACUGCAGUCUCUCAUUAUCCAACAUGAUAUGUGCCUCUGGGAACAGAGAUAAUGCCAGUGUAACCAGCUGUCAGUGUUAAACAACUUCUGCCAAGACUUUCCUUGCUGUGCGGCUUUUACAUCUGCAAUGUAAACACCCUAAUUUCUUGGUCUGCAACAUCCCCCAAAGUAGUGUGUGUUAAACUGCUUGAUAAGCUUAAGUUCAAAAGUACACAGUGAAUUACCCAGAGGGUCUUCCAUGGGUUACUUCAGCUCUGUAGGCCUGAAAAAUAACCAGAUUUUCUUUAGAAUCACUUGUAAUUAGUGGGUUGUGAGAUUGCUAGAAAAAAACAACAACAUGAUGCUGCAAAUUUGUGGAAGUAAAAAAAGGGAAAAGGGUGAUCAAGCCAGUCAUUAUGAGAAAAACAAAACAACUUAAGGAAACAGCUAUUUACUGUACACUGGUUAGAAUACCUGCAUUUCAGGGAGACAGGGUUUUGACCGUUGGUUGCUUUCAUUAAAUAACUUCAAAUAGGUUUGUCACUGGAUCUGCAUUUUUCAUCUAGAUAUACUUGCAUAAAAAGGAUUGUUUAAUCAGGCAUAUCAAUUUGCUGUCAUGUUACUGCCCACAGGAGCUGGCUUGAUGCUACCCUGGAUUGCAUUCCACCUGCUUUUGCUCUCAACACAUACCGUUUUCUAUGCAUCUGCCAGAGUCUUGACUAGGGUAGGGUUGUAACAACACAUUCACUCCAAUAUGUACGGAUAAUAGAAUACAGCAAACAUUUAAAGUACAACUAUUUGCCUGCCAUUAUUGUUAGAAGAUGUAGGCUCUUAAAAGUGAGCUUCCCACCAUGACAGGGAUUCAUUUUCAAAUUUUCCUCCCUUUUUUUUAUUCAUUAAAAGGAAAAGUCAACUAGACAAACUGCAUGCACAAAUGAUUUUAAAAAAUACAAUAACACAGAACAAAAAUAUCUACAGACAUAUCGCAUUUUGCAGACCUGAAUACUGGUGUCUCAACAGUGCUAAAGGAGUGUAAAACUUCAGAGCCAAGAAUCAUCAUACCAAGCCACCCACACUUUUCAAAUCAAAGCAUGCCUGCAAGGUGAGGGAGAUGUAGCGUUUAAAAGUUUACCAUGCUGAACAAGAUGUAUGGAAGUCUUGUGCAACACAGGGGUAUGUGACUCUUACCUCUCUUCAUAUUGAUUUAGCAUGGAAUGAUAUAAUCUGAAAAGCGUUUUGUACGCAUUAGUUUAAAUGAAGCGCACACAGUUAAAGCAUGAACUUUACUGUUUGACACAUGCACAGAGCGGGACAGUAGUGACAAGAAUCCUGCACUGACAACAGAUAACACUCAUAACCUAAACUUAAAAUUUAUCCCUUGAUUUCACUAAACUUUAAUGCCACGUCAAAAUACUUAAAAAGUUGCUUUAUCUAAAAAAAGGAGUGCGAACAGGCUGGAAAAAGAUUAAGAAUAUACAUGGAUGUUUGUGUUGAGCUGACAGAUACUGAAUUUUGUUUAUUAUUUUGUAAAAGGAAAACUUUUUGGAUUAUAAUAUCUAAUGAAAAGCUGUACAAGUAGUUUGAUAAGAUAUGCAACAAUGAGUGAAUGUCACUGAGCUCAUCGUACCAUCCGAUUAUUUGUCAAGAACACACACACCCACGUUCACUUACAUGUUUACUGACUCACUUCCCGCACUCUUCCCGACACACAUGAAUCUCAGUGGAAGAUGAUGGCUCAGUAAAGUGGCUUUGAGAGCAGAAAUCCCUCAAUAAGAUGAGUGUACCUGAUGGCUGAGCUAUGACAAGCUGUGUACAGACAGCCCAGCAGAUAUGUAGCCAUGAGUGAUGUAGGCAACAGCUAAUCAUUGCUUUGAGACACAUAAAUAGAAUUCUGUAGGUUGCAGGUGACACGGCCUAAUGUUGUCAGUCAGGCGUGAAAAUAUUUGAUGUGAGGACAUCCUGCAUGCACACAUACGGAUAUUGACAACACACACAACAUUUAUACUGUGUGCAUGACUGCACCCCCUGCCAUUGAAAUCACCGGCACACUGCAUGUGACAGUGACAGAAGCAGUCUUGCACUUAAAACAUAAGUCACCAUGAAGCUUUCCAUAUGUCUCAGGGGUCUCCUUUACUGUAGUAAUGCAUUUGAAGAACUGCACAGUCAUUCUGUUGUGAGCCAAGGCAAACGUAAAUCUUUAUAGAGUAUGGCUACACAAUUGGUCAAGAUUUAAUCACAAUCACAAUUUUUCGACCUUCCCAUUCCUACAAUUAAAAACAGUGUGUCUGAUAGCAUAAGAAGUUAACGUGUGUGCUGUGUCUGUAGAAAAAUCUAUAGACAUGUGGCUGUAGGUUGAAAAUUGUAUUUCAAUAUAUUCACAACCCUUUUAAAUUAGUUUUGGUUUUACAUUAUUCAUUGCCUCAGACUGGAUCAUCAACACGUAUAAAUACAAAGCUGUCAGCCUGAAGGUCCUUUCACACAGGGACCGUUUUCAUAUGAUUAUUUCAGACGUCAAUAUUUUUUUCGAACCCAUAUCCUGUCAAUACAAGCAUUCACAUCAGCGACGUUUUCCCGUCCUGCGAUAUUGCGGCAUUCAUUUUUUCAAAUCACGGUCCAUUUUUCUAAAAUUACGCAUACUGUGUGUCCACUUCUGACCAAUCAGAUUGCAUGUUGUUGCAACGUCUGAUUCACUGGUAUAUCCAACAUCUCCGACCGGCUGAUUGUUUACAUGUCGGGGAACAUCGUGUUUUUUGAUAAAAGACACAAACAUUACAAAUAUUAAAGGACAACUUGUGGCGAGUCAUAGACGAUAGACGAUAGUUUGUGUGCUUUAACAGUUUGCUUAAUGUCUUUGUUUUAACUUUCAUCUGUGCUAAGUAACUUGAGCUAGUAAGCUAACCUGUUCAGAUACAACAUACCAUAUGUAUUUUCACUGUCUUAAACUCAAUUGCGUUGCUGUCACAGCACCAUUAGGUCUUGGUUGUUACCUAACGCUUAUGGAUUAUGGUUGAAUGUGCUUAUCUGGUACUGGCCCCAACUCAGUACAUGCUUUCAUGACAGAAAGACAUCUUAACACUAGUGUCUAAUCAGAACUGAAAAACAGUCAGUGUGGUUUUGUGUCAGUCUUCUUGGUUCCACCCGGGACACGUCUUUUUUCCCUCCGGAAAGUCGCAAAAUCGCAUCGGGCUUGAUAUGUAUCGUCAGGCGCGUCAAGAUUCGCCUCGAAAUAUUUCGUAAUUUCGCGUUGUAUAUUUGCGUCGGUCCCAUUGUGUAAGGACCUUGAGUCUUACCGUUUUAAGAAUAAGGGCCAAAAGACUGUGAUAAUCCUUCAUUUCAAAUAAAAGUCCUGCGUUAAAAUGCACUUUCAUCCAAAGUGAGUCUUCCCAGUCAAGAUAUUAUAUUUGAACAAAUAUUUGGGGCCAUUAACGUCAGGCUAUAUGUAUUGUCCCAGCACAGAGGUGGUAAGUAGGAUAACACACAAAAAGUUUUUUAAAAAGGCUCAAAAAUGAAAAUAUUGAUCUAAAUUACUGUCAUUUGACAUUCUGGUAUUACUCAUUUUACUUUAGAGUUGAUUUAUUCGGGCUCAUGUACUGCAUGUGUAACCUAGGCAUUUUGUGCUGAUUAAACCUUAAGUAGAUUACCUCCCAUCACAUUGUGUGCUUCAAUAAAACCUAGAGUAUUACUUUGGAUUUAAAGGGAACUUUUUCCUCUUCUUACUCCGUGGAUAAAGUUCAAGCAUAAACACUUCAGCAACUUUCUCAGGCUACCAUCCAUCCAUCAAUAUAGUAUUGUAUUUGUUGCCUUGUCUGUUGGGGUUUCACUCUUUGUUCAACAUCAGAGUGAGUCUGGCAGACGUUGGCUAGCAGAGAGAGUACUGUUUAAAUGAAUGAAGCAUGAAAGACGAUCUGCGGGAUCAAAUAAAGGAAAGGAAUAGCUGGUUCUCUUGGAACUAUGUGAGAUUUUGCUAAUUACAUGGGUGCACUUAAUAAAUGGGUUCUGGGUCUGGUCAUAAAUACUGAGAGGCUGCCAUGAAUAUAGUAGUACUGGCAGAGAGCCUGGUAGAAGGCAGGGCGCCAUAAAAAGAUUGGGCUGCGACCACUGCUGUUUUCUUUCCAUAAUGAGAUGACAAAGAGGGCACUUAGUGGAAGGAUAACUUUGGGAGCAUUAAGUACAGCAAUGGCAAAUUGUGAAGGAGGGUUUUGGACAGCCAUUAGUAACAUACAGGGACUGAGCAACUUAGAAUUUUUGUGGUUUUCAGUAUUUUGUGUUUUAACUUAAGAGGAAAAUAGAAGACAGAUUGUAGACUCAGACCAAAAUUUUGACAAAAAUACCAAGUUUAUUAUCGCUUUGCUUGAAACUGGAAUGAUACUUGAAACUUAAUACUAAUUAGAUACUAGCUCGUGUUUUGCCCUUGCAUGAUAGUGCUGUGUAGCAUUGUUUGAGUACAGACUUUGAGUUGAUUUGCCACUAGAGUUGGCUCUGUAGGCAAAGUACUCCCACAGUAGACUCUAGCACUAACUUCUGCUCACCAGCACAGGGUGUGAAGUUAUUCUUCCAGAAGAUGACUCACUGUUGUCAUAGGUAGUGGACAUGAUGAGGUGGAGGCUUUGCUUUUUUUUUUUUUUCUUUGUCUGUGGAGGCGGAGGCUCACGCUGAAUGACUGACGGGCACAGGUCCCUAAAUAUUAGCUGAAUUUACAUGGGCACAAAUAAUCGGAAUAAAGGCCCGAUCAAAAUAAAAAUACGUCAUGUAAAAAUGUUGAUCGGAAGAUUCUGAUCCAAUUCAGCUCAAUCGGAAAGAUUGUAUACCGAACAAGAAGGGUGGUUUAUGCCGAUCGUUAUUCCGAAAGGCAUCCAUGUAAACACUUACUCCGAUUAUGACUCUCUCUGGAGGCAAAACUAACCUGAGUGCGCAUGUGUACCCUAUGUCAAUGUGACGCUUUUCUGCCGUCAUGGCUGGAUCUAAAUACAGUUGGUCUGUGUCUGACACAACUUUCUUGCUGGAUAAAUUCUCCUCAUGUAACACAGGAUCAGUAUGUGCUACUGGGCCUGCUAUAUGAGUAAGCUAGGAGCAAUACAACCACCCUCAGAACCUGGCCCAUGACUCUGCGCAUGUCCAAAAUACUUCUAAUCUGAAUAAAGUUUGGCACAUGUAUACCCACAUAAUAAUCGUAUUAUGAACAGUGGAUUCAGAUUUUCCAAUCCCUCGAAUUUUAAUCGGAUCAAAAAAUUUUGCACAUGUAAACAUGGCUAUUGACAGUCUUAUGUGCCCUCCUUGCUAAUACUGCUGGUACUGCUGCUUUGUUGGGUCCCCUCAAUGUGAAAAUUCUGUCACCUACAAAGAGUGUAGCAUGAGGCCACACUGAGCUAUUCACUCUGCAGAAACUACCUAACAGUAGGAAAUUCCAUUAAGCCCAAAAAUAAAUCAGAAAAGAUACAAAAAAGUCAGUGUAUUGUGUAAAUAGUUGAGACAAGUUGAAAGAGAAACAACCAUACCACAAUUUUGCAAUGUAAAACAAGUAAUCAUCAGUAUAAAGGAUGACUUAUUCACACUUGGAGCAAAGGUUACAGAAUCCUGAACUAUAGAUUUGUUUUAAUAACGUAUCAAAUAUGUAUCAGUAUCAAAAGUAUUAGUCUACCAUUAUCAAUAGAAAAAACUGUAACUAAAAAUAACCAAUAAUACUCUUAAUAUUUACCAAGCAACACCUUCUAAGUACACCUUGUGCAGUGAUUUGCUUGCUGCACAAAAACCUACCAUCUUCACUGAGUUUAAAAUAAAUUGAUCAAGCUCUGCAAACAUGUGUCCUCUAGAUAUCCUUACACUCACCUGGCUCUUGUUGAGCUUCACAUUAAUACUCUGUUCAGUGUUUUCUUUCUUAGAUAUUAAACGUUUAUCGUGCAACACAGAUACAGGGACAGUUUUAUUAUCACAUGCUUUUGGAGAAAAAAAAAACAAGUAGGCUUGUACAUUUCUCAGAACAUUCAGAACAUUAUUAUCUAUACCUACCACAGUGGGGAAAAAACACUCAUAGAAAAAAUGAUUUUCAGGAUCAGCUCCACUGCGCCUGACAUCAUCACCUCUAUCAUUUUAUGGCAUCAGUCCAGGAAAUUCUGCUCUUAGUACUCCUUAUUUCAGAGAUGACUGGCCAAUGAAAGCCUGCCUCAAAGACAUAUUUGGGAUUACACAAUCUGAUAGAUGUGGUUCAAAGGGUCCUCGGUUAUGUUCUUGAAAGGAAACCUGAUUCUCGAAGACCAUGUAACCUCUCUACACAAGUACAACCAAAAAGAAGAUCACCUUUCCUACUAAAAAGAGUGUAAGAAAAAUGCGUAUGGUUAGACCUUCACUAGCUUCAGAAUACCAAGCAUAUUGGCAGCUGUACAAUAAUGAGGCACUAACCUUCACGGUAUCAGAGUGAAAACACCCCCAGGGACACCAUGAUCAACCCGUCUUUAGGCAUUCAUAUGUACCCCUACCUGACUGGCAGGCUUUCUGAAAGUCUUUUGUGUUAAUGAAUUUGGGGUCAAAGGCCAGAUUCCAGUAUUGGCUAAACCGACCUCUUAUUUUGGCUAAUAGUGGUUGCAUGGUGGUCUUGCUCUCGGCUUGAAAUUUCAGAAGGCUUAUUCAAGGUUGUUUUUCUUUUUGGCCUGAAGGCUUCAAACCAAAUAUUUUAAUGUUCUACAUUUAUGAGAUAGAUAGAUAGAUAGAUAGAUAGAUAGAUAGAUAGAUAGAUAGAUAGAUAGAUAGAUAGAUAGAUAGAUAGAUAGAUAGAUAGAUAGAUAGAUAGAUAGAUAGAUAGAUAGAUAGAGUGCUCAGUAACUCAUGGCCUGGAUCAUCUGUAAUUUGUAUAUAUACAACAUAAUUAUAAAACAACUUUUGAAUAAAGUCCUCAAAGUUAAAAAAAAAAAACUUCCCAAAGUAAGCAUUAUCCUUUGUGUAACAGUAAUUGAGGUAGAACUGUCACACCUUCAAUCCAAGAGCUACAAACAGCCACUGAAGGAUCACAGCCCACAUCUCCAGGCACUUGUCAGAUGUAAGUAAUGGGUUUUGUAAUAUGUGAUUAACCCAAGGUUCAAGAAUGUAUUCAGAUUUAAUCAUGGCUCAGUCUGUGGUGCAUGAAAGAGAGCAGCGAGCUUCAAUUCCACCUCAAAAGGCAGAAUUACUGAAUUCACUCGUCCGUGCUGACGCUAAGGAUACAGUUUGUGUUACCAUGCAGGAGUCAGUCAAGCAGGAAGGACUUCAAGUACAACAAAUGAGGAAACGAAGAUGUGAGAGUCAUUGUUGUAGGCCUUAUAGUGCUGCUUUUGAUCUGAUGGAAGGAAUAAGACAUGCUAUCAGGAUGGAAGCCAAGAUGAAUGUGUUUAUGUAACCCAUAGCAGAAUCUCAAUCUGAGUUUAUCACUCAAGUCAAGCAUUGGAGAUCUUGAAAGUAAAUAGUAUCUUUAAUUAUGAAUUUUGAUGAUUUCUUUUUAUGAAAAAUUUCCAGUCCAGUUAUUUCCUUCAGCACAGAAACACCUGCUUUUUGCAAACUUUUAAACUCACAGGACUAUGCUGAUCAGCUUUCUGCGAAUUUAUUUGACUCUCGAAUGUGUUUCAGUGCCCUCUACUUUUUACAAAUUUUCUUUCAAUUUUGCAACCGGAAUUGGAUUAUUUUAGUAACCACUGUAAUUUCUAUGCAUGCUGCACAGUCAUCAUGUGUCUGUUCCUGCAGAUUCGUACUGUAACAUUGGCGGACUCAUAAAAUAUAGAAAUUUCUUCUUGGGCAGGCAUCUUGUUAUCUGUGCAAAUACAUACCUUGCAACCAAAAGCAGAAUGGCUUGCACUUUCUCUGUGUUGUACAGAUGUUUGUCCUAAGGGUUAUGAAAAAUGAGUCUUUUUUACAUGCUGUUCAGAUUCAGUCUUUGCUUUAGAACAUGUUUGAAGAUUUUCUUUAUUAAAUAUGCACAUUUGGAUUAAGUAAUUGUAUUUCAUUUUUAAUUGGCUGUUUUAAAUACUCGACACUGUGAUUAGCCGGCAUCCUGAGAGGCAACACCGGGGUCAACCUUAUCACACGAUCCGGUUUAUCCAACAAAUCAACGGCAAGGAAUCAAACUUCAUCUUGCCUCUCAACACUGUUGUAAAAUCAUUGGUUUUGGAAAGCAUUAAAUAUGUAAAAAUUGUAAGUAAAAAAUGUGUUUGUCAAAGCCAAUGUCACUCUCACCCUUAAAUGUAGUAUUUGGUACAGACAAGUAAUUAAGUUCAUGCACAUAUCAAAUGCCUCUCAAAUCAAGCACUUUUUUCAGAUAUACCAUUAUUAUUAUUAUUAUUAUUAUUAUUAUUAUUAUUAUUAUUAUGUUUGUCUUAUUGAUUUUAAUGUUUAAUGUAAUGAGUCAUGUUUGACUCACUUGCAGUUGUUUUCUCGCUUUUAAUUGGUGAGAAAAAAAUUAUUUACAUAGGUAUUUACGUUUGAAGUCCGUCUAAGUGGGAGGGAUGAGAGGUUGGUCUGUAUUACAGAGAUUUGUUGCAGAUAUCAGAUCUAAUGAGGUCUGGGAGCAGGAUAUGAUAAUAACCUGAAGAGCUCAGGGUUUCAAGGUAAAACAAAGCAACUAAGACUAAUGGCCCUUUUGGAGCAACAAAUUGGCGUGAUAAUGAACCCCCACCCCCCAAAACAAAAGUCUACAUAUUCACACAACUUAUAUAAUGUUUUGUUGGUAAAUAAAAGCAUAAGUGAGUUCAACAGGGUUCAGUGUUUCUUGUUGAUUAGCUCUUUUCCAGUUAAAUAUAGCAAAUUGAGCAUUAAACUGGAGAGUGGGUUAAUUAAAUGAAAGGACAUCUAAUGGACGUGUUUUGACAUCAAAUAAAACUCUGUUCUGGUUAUGACCCUGAGAUAAAUAAAUACUGGCUUCUCAUUGUUUUGAUUUUUCAUGAUAAUAGUGGUACAACAACCUUAAUUUUCCUUUCUGAGUUACAUCACAGUCACCUGAUAGACACAGAAGACGGAGGAUGGAACUAGAGAUAAAAGAUUUCACUAAAUGAAUGGAUAUAGAUUCUAAAGCAUCUUAACAACCAAUCAAGAAAAAAACAAGAGCAGACAGAAUAUUAGCCGUAUUUUUAAAUAUUUUCAACAUUUCUGAUUUUGUCUCAUACAGAAUUCACUCAACUGUUUAUUUCUAAACAGGAGCUGAUCAUUUAUGAUGUGUUAACAACUUCACAAAAGGUACAACUCUGCCCAGGAAGGCAAUAAAUAUCGCAUAAACAACCCUGAAUGAUGUGUCACUCUUCUUUUGUAGCGGAGCCUGCAUCCACAAAGGAGAACAACUGUCUGAACGCUGCGAAAGCAUGCAACCUGAAUGACACCUGCAAGAAGUAUCGCUCGGCUUACAUCAACCCCUGUACCAACAGGGUGUCUGCCUCUGAGGUCUGCAACAAGCGCAAGUGCCACAAAGCCCUGCGUCAGUUCUUUGACAAGGUAAUUGUUGAUUUUAAGUGCUAUUUGCAGCUUCUACUUUGAUUGGUUUUGCUUGAACUGGACUCAAAACCAGGUGUGAAAAAAUAUAGUUUACAAGGCAUAUAAAUCACUGUAAUCUAAUCUCACUAUUGAAAUCACAUAACACUUAACUUGAUUAAAAAACACUUUUUAUACCACAAGGAUGUAAAUAUAUAGACCAUAAAAGGUAUUUUUAACAGUAUCUUUAAGUGUUAUUUGUUUCCACCCAAAAUUCAAGGUCCCAACCAAAUACAGCUACGGGAUGCUGUUUUGCUCAUGUCCAUCAGGGGAUCAGACAGCAUGUGCAGAACGCCGACGACAAACUAUUGUACCCAUCUGCUCCUAUGAGGACAAAGACAAACCGAACUGUCUGUCUCUCCAGAACACAUGCAAGACCAACUACAUCUGCAGGUAUAAGAAGCCAAAGAGGCAGUCCAAUUUUCCUCAUAUUUCUGUCUGUUCUGCUUGAAACUAAAAGCAUAAUUACACAUCUGAGUUUGUUAUGGUAGUUUUCAGUUGCUAAAAAAGGUGUACGCAUCAUUUAUUCAGCCUCUUUUUCUGUCGAAACCUAUUCUUAUCUUAAUUUAGAACAUAUUGCCUGCUGAGAAAGCUCCUGUGGAAACGUUUACCUGUAUUUAACAUGGAGACUGAGCAUUCAUUAUCUUAAAUGACAGAAAAUUGCGAGCCCAACUUUAAUUUUGUUUAUGAGAAGUUGCUCAGGUUGCGUUCACCUAAAACAAACCCUGAUCUGUUUCCUUGGAUAAUCUGCUAUGUUUGGACUCAUUUAAACUCUGGUGCAGACCAAAUAAACAAACUCUGGUUGGCUUGAAAAGGAGGGUCUCAUGAAAACAUAGUGCACCAUGGGUAAGUAUCUUGCCAGACGUCUUUAUAAUCUCAUCAGGGAUUGCUAUCUUAUCUCAUGUAAAGAAAACCUUACUGGACAGCUUGCUGCCCUUCCCGCUGCUCAUGCUGGGAACCUUCUUGUGAAACACAUGAACACCAAAGUAAAAGCAGAAACCCCAAACUGGGUUUAAAAGAAGAUGGGUUACAGUUUUCUGUUCUGGUCGAUGGAUGAGCAGUUUUCUUCUUCUUUGUCAGUGUUUGUUUGGGACAGUACCAGUCCCCAUGACAAUCUCAGAAUGACAAAAUUACAGAUGUUCAUUGUUUGGAUUUGAUCAAUAAUCUGUACUGAUAUUUCUCAACCCUCCAGUAUUUGGUGAAGAAAAUAAAAACAUGGCAUGAGAAGAUUCCUUGAUAGUCCUAAAGCUGGAAAGUCAUUGUGGUUUGGUUUCUCCUGUAAAGCUCCUUGAGAGGCUACGAUAAUUCAAUUAUUUUGCAUUAGUGCAAAAACCUGCAGUUCCUUGAGUGUCCACUUGACACUCACUGCAAAAGCUAAGUCAUUCCCAUAAUGUCCAUUUUUAUGACAGAAAUUGACAUGUUUACAGCCUGGUUUUAGUCCAUAAAGCUUAUUUCUUUAUUUGAACUAACUAUAGGGAGUUCAUCUAUAAUGCACACAUUAAGGUAAGAUACAGCCAGGCUAAGAGUGAUAUGUAUAUUUACACAUUAGUGCCUGCCAGGGAGCGAAAAGCCUCAGCUCUAUGGCUGUCUUGGUUUCUGGGUUAAGAGUAAGCUAGGUUGCGUUAGCAUUUCCAAUAUGGCACCCACUCUCAUUUGGCUCCAAAAUGUAUUUCAGAAACCAACAGGUGAAGUCACAGAGACUAUGCUCAUGUUUCACUGAGUCUAUGGUAGUUCCCUCAAACCUCAAAGUGUUCUUUUUUUAUGUCAUUUAUUUUAGGAGAGCAUCUAAAGUAGGAGCAGAAAAUAGGCAAAAGACUAUUUUGCAAGCUGGUGCCUAGCCCUAAGCCCAGAGUAUGAUUUUAUCAAAUAAGAGCAUCAAGAAAUUAGCAUCUUUAAUUUGUAUCUGUGUUGUUUUUAGGUCAAGGCUGGCAGACUUCAUCAGCGCCUGCCAGCCUGAAGCUCGCUCCAUAUCUGGCUGUCUGAGGGAGAACUAUGCCGACUGUCUGCUGUCUUACUCGGGGCUUAUUGGUGAGUUAUUUGGAAGCUUUUCAAAAUUGGCCUCAGAUUUUGCCAAAACUAAUAAAUGAGUUUGAGGAAUUCUGAUGCAUCUGUUAUAAUCUGCUUGUUGAUGUGUUGUUGCUCAACAAUCAGUGGAAUCUAAUUAAACAAAGUUGCAACGACACAAAUAAGAAAAUAUCCUGCAGUUAUGGAGGAAGCUCACAAGGAAUGAGUCAAAUCAAAGUCAUGCCAUUUCUCAAAUUAUCAAAAUGACUUGCCAAUCAGUCUCUAAGCUAUUAAACUCCUUUCUGUCUGAUUUUACUGGUGUGCUCUCUGUCAGCAGUUUGAAGCUUAUGUCAGACUGAUAAGAGGUGGAGCACUUAUCAGUCCACUUUCCUAAAGCACCGUGCCAGAAUCAUAGAGACGUUCAGGGUUUUUGUUCGCGCUUCCAUGGUUGGAUUAAGGUGACAGCAAUACUUCAGAUUAGGGAAAAAUUAUGCUUUAGGUUGGUUGUUGAAACAUUUGUACUUUUUUGUCACAACUGACUGUUUUUGUUUGUAACUUAUCCAGAAAAAUUACGAUUACUCCGCCUGCUCAGCAGCAGAAUAUCGGUUCUAAAUACAAAUUAUCGGUCUCAUGAUAAUUGGUAAAUGUAUCAGCUCUGGAAAACCAAAUCAGUCGACUCCAAUGGGAAGGAAGGGUUUAAAUUCAUUGUUCCUGCCUGAUUUGCUGAAAAGCUUUUCAAGGUGCCAUUUUAAACCAGCGUAAAAUAUUAUUUUAAUUGGUGAACUUUUAACCACAAAUUGCGAUAUGAGACAAUAGACACAGUAGAAUUCCUAAAAUUACUUCUGACACUGAUGAGGAUAUUGAUUAGGGGUGUCCGAUACAACUUUUUUACUUCUGAUACGAUACUAAUAUUGUAGCCUUCAGUAUAUUGAUCCAAUAUUGGCACAAACUUGUGCAUGGCAAGUUUUGCACUUAGCUACAACAUCUUUUUCGGACUUAAACAAAAUAUACUGCCACACAGCCACAUCACUCCUACUCCUUGCUACUUUGUUAGUACCUUAGUACACACUGAUGUUGUGAUUACAUGGACUACGAUAUGGAGCUAAGUACUGAAUGGACUGCUUGUAUCGCAGUGCUGAUAUCGGAGAAUUAAGAUGCAGGCCAAGACAAUCCGAUAUUCUCCCUCAAAACUUUUUAAUCCCUACAAGUGAUGAACCAGACGAGUCAAACAAAAACACUUUUUUGAUUUAAAUAAAUAAAUUUGGUGGAUACAUUUCCUAGAGAAGGGGAAUGUGUUUAUAUUCAUUUACGGUUGUUCACUGGCAAGUGAGGACUGAGAUACCGAAUCAACACAACAGCCACACAGAUGGGGUAAGAGUCAACAUAUUGUGUCUCUUUGGGGUGUACAUGCCAUCACAGUUAAUGCAUCAAAGCAGUGUGCAGGAUUAAAGCGUGUUUCCUUUUGUUCUGCCUUUUUUCCAUCAGCAGGUUUCAUUAAGUGGAGAGGGAAAAUGACGUCCCACUGAGUUUUAGUAAUGAGAUUUGAAUGCAGGGCAACUGUGACCAAUUGCCAACUCAACAGGCGGACAUUUUAAUUUACAGUGUUCACAUUCUGCUUCGCACAGGUUACACCCUCUAAUGGCUCCCCCCCAGUUGAACCACUCAUCUCUGUCUGAGCACAAAGAGCUCUGAAUGAACUCACACAGCUAACAAGUACAAGCUGACUCAACCUUAUUCAACCUAUGAAAAGGAACAGUUUAAUUCAGUUACUCUAAGACAGGACGCGCAAUGGGUGGUGGGCAACAGCAGAGUUAGAAACACUUUUCACAACUCUUUUAAACAAGAUUGAACUAUUAGUGUAAAGCAGCCCCACAAUAAAUGUCCAAACCAGACCAGUCUGAAUAAAAGGGUUCAUUAAGUAAUGUUGUAUAAAGUACUUAGGCCUUGUUUUAGAGCUACAUUUUCAUCAAUUUAUCACAUUAAAGGCCCUACGUCAGAUAAAAUUUUCAGUUAUGUGGUUCAGUGAAGUAAAUGAAGAUGAUAUGCUCGAAUGUAUGUUUGUGGACCACGAGAUACAGGGGAAUUUGUUUCCAACCAAGUAGCAGUUUUAUUUCAUACUUGGGGCUGAUUUUCUUGACAGUUAGACACAGCAAUGUUCUUCAGCAAGUGUUUAUUUGGCUUAUUCAAUGAUUAUCUUACCCAAACAUGUCCAGGAAAAGGAUCACUUCAAACUCGGAGCUGACGCUUGUUUAGUGUGAUGUUUUAUAAGCACCAGCCAAUUUCUUUGGAGCCAAUAAUACUCUGAUGAUUUUAACUUGAUGGCCAGGAGGACACAAGUGUUGGAUUGCAUAAUAGGAUAAUCAGUCAAACCUUCAGUAAGUUGUUUGAUUCUCUCCGAAUCGUGUUGAGACCCAAACAUUUACAUUUUUUAUGGACUGUGUGUGACAAGUGUUUAACUUUUUGAGUAAAAUACAGCAUCAGAGAAUUUCUUGAAAUGGUCUAAAGUGGUUUUUCCUCCAUCUCUGUCGGAAUCGACAAUUAGUUUGAUCAGUACUGAGAUCAUACUUUUAAUCACAAUUCCUUUUUUAUUUAAUUUAGAGGCGAGCAACAUUUGAAUAUACAGAGUGGCCAACAUUAAAUCUGAGGUGAUUUAAAUAGGGUACUUCUUGGACAUACUUUCAAUGGACUACCACUCAGAGUGCAUUAACAGUUGCAGCAUUUAAAACCUUAAUGGUUACUACUACUUUUUACAUUAAAUAUAAGAAGGCUGAAAUCAAGAUCCUGAUGAAAAUCUAAUUCAUUGUGAAGUCCUAGCAUUUAGAUAGGCCUCCAUUUCAACACCAUUUCAGCCAGCUUUUACUGUUGAUCGGUGCCUUUGCAAACCCACUUUAAGACAUUCAAUCUGUCCUCCAUGAGUUUUUAAACGACAGGAGUGGGACCGUUUUUCUGAGGGCUAACAAUAUUCUUCUCUUUUUGUGUUGCAGGUACGGUAAUGACACCAAAUUAUGUGCGGUCACUCGGUAUUAGCCUGUCACCAUGGUGCGACUGCAGCAGCAGCGGCAACAGCAAGCCAGACUGUGAAAGAUUCGCCGAGUUUUUUACCAGCAAUCGAUGCCUACGUGAGCUCUCAUUUCUUACCAUCAUGCAAAAAAAAAAAAAAAAAAAACAUUUUCCAUUGAACCUUGUAGUAAGGGUUGUUUAAAGCCCCCUGUGAGGAGCUUUCAGAUAGCUGUUAAAUGCAGUUUAAUGAUAAACACUGUUGCCUCUGUGACUUUCAAAUGUAAACGAGACCAUCAUCAACAAAACUGACCAUUUCUGAGAUGUCAGGGUUUAUAUCUGAAACCCUGAUGAGAAAGAAGGUGUCAAACCAGGCAACUGACAGUAGGUGAAAGAAACAUUAUUUCUUUACAUUUUCUACUGCCUAACUUAGCAUAGACAGUACAAGAUCAGCAAAGUGAUUAAAUAUACAUGUCUGCAUGCAGGGGGCGCCAAAAUCAACACUAACUGAAAGUCAGCAGAGCAGAUUUAACAGCAAAUUCAGCCUCGGAUACAGCUCAAAAGGUGUUACAGACAGUGCACUAGCUGUUGAUUCAUAUUAGACCAAAAAACUGCCCCUGAACUUUUUCACUUGAAUGGUAGCAACAAGUAUUAUGGCCGCUGUAAAGACUGCUUUUAGGUCAAAUACUGUCAUGUACAAAAUAUUUUGUGUGGAUGUGGGAGAUUUUCACCUCAAACAGGAUUAGUAUCUGAUAGCGAGUAUCAUUGCUCUCUCUCACAAAUCUCAACAAAACAAAAGGUGGAAAAUGCUCCAAAAACUGUGCAAUAAAAAAAACGUUGUACAAUGUAUAAAUUUGUAUCUCAGUGGUCUUAGUGGUAUUAGUUUUUGCCCUAAGUAAUGGAAUUGCGGUCAAGAAUGAAAAAUACUGUAAGAUCAAAUGGACAAAAUAUUUUGUGUGGAUGUGGGAGAUUUUCACCUCAAACAGGAUUAGUAUCUGAUAGCGAGUAUGGCUGUUGUUGAACCUCUUGAAAGUUUGUCCUUUUCACUGUCUGAUAACUAGGAUUUCCUAAAUUGAAUAACAACCCACGGCUCAAGUGAAUUGUAAUCCUUUAUUGCUUUGACAGCAGUUUUGUUUAAUAAAUCUUUUUUUCUUCUCUAUGACUGGAUCAAUACAAAAUUUAUUUCCUGCCCAUAUUUAUUAACUCGAUGAACAGGUAACUGAGAUUAAAUGUCUUACAAAGGAUAAGAAAAUUAAAUUACAUGAAUUGUUUUUGAAGUUUUCUAAUGCCAGACAGUUAUAAAGUUCACUUUUGUACCUCUUUGUGAAUCAUAGCUAUUAUCAGCAGACAUAGCUUUUAAACUACUCCUCAGAAAGGUCAAGUCAUUUCUUUUCCUGGCCAAUUAUCUAGAGUAUCAAUUAUAAGCAGCUUUUAGUCGGACUCUAACUAAAUGUUCAGGGCCAUGCCUCUUGCACUUAUUUUCAAGGAAAGGACAGAAGACAUCAGCUAUCUUGUUAAGUGAGAAGCCUUUAGGAAAAAAAAGGACUCACUGGGUAUUUUUGAAGGCUGUGGUGAUCUCAUAAAACUUUAACUUUCUGCAUGUGAAAGUUCAUUGUGACACUUUAUACAUCAGCACUGUAUUUCUAACUUGUGCUUUACAUGCCUGCAAAACAUCCAUGUGUAUACACACUCUGUCUUUAUAGGUAAUGCCAUCCAGGCAUUUGGAAAUGGUACAGAUGUUGGAGUGUGGCAACCCCAGCCCCCUAUCCAGCCAACUGUGCUGGAGCCAGGCACCACACGGAGGGGAAAAGACCGAACUAGUAAUGCACUGGAUUCUCUGACAGAUGUGACCAAACUGGAUCUACAUGGACAGUCAUCAUACCACAUCUGUGGGACAUUACAGGUAGAGUUUAAGAAUACUAAACCACUUUUCUGACUUUAACCAUCCAUUAAGAUACUGACUGGAAAUGCUGACUCCUACUAAAUUACGGCUGAUUCAGGAAGUGACAAAGAGUUAACAGAUAUUUUAAUAGUCUUACGAGUUACUGUGAAACAAGUGGGACUAACUUUACACCAAGGCAACAGCCACACUCUCCUUACAUCAUGAGUAUUAUAUUCUAAAUUUCUACAGUUGAUAAAAGAUACCAACAGAUAAUGAUUUUUACAACAUAUAUUUAAUGAAUAAACUACUUCAGAGUGUCACAAUAACAAUAGACGUAUAAAUCUACACCUGUGUCAUUAACUUUGCUUCAUUUUAUGUUCCUUUUGCUCCUUUUUAGAGCCUUUCAAAUAUUACUGACAACUUUUUUUUGCUCAGAUUUUCCUUGUUUAUUCAGCUCCGUUGAGACUUGUUAUGAGUUUACAUUAAUUUGAUGUUACUCUGUGGGGAAAACAGAGUCAAGGAGUGCACUUUGGGUCAUGUAAUUUGGUUGCUAUCAUCAGUCCCCAGGAAAAUUGUAAUAUGGAGAGGACAGUAAAGGGUACUGGCAGCUGGUAAGAAGUCCUGGUUAGACAAACAAGAAAGGGUUAACCAAGGGGUCAAAUUUUGAGGUCAUUGAAAAACACAAAAAACUGUUCCUGUCAUUUUUAAGGAAAAGUCAAAGCCUAAAUCUUCACCUGUGUUCAUUUAUCUUUGAUGAAUUUCUAGGAUUUUUGUUCAAAGUUUAAUAGCCAUUAGAACCACUGAACAAAGCAUGUAAGUCCAAAUUCCUCCCAAAAAAUCUGGAAGAGAUCUAUUCAGAGCUUCUGUCGGAGUGUAAGAAGUCUGCCAGAAGUCACCUUGAGGGAUCAGUGACGGUUUUAUGACAGCACGAGCAGAAUCCCCCCUCCUGGGCAGAAAGAUGAGACGUCAGUGUGGAGUCACAGUCUCCAAAGCUGUCAUGUCAAGCUAAUUGGUUGCCACAGUAACAUCAAAAAGGGCCCACAGGGGGAGAGUGUCUGUCUGUGUGCAUGUGUGUUUGUAUGUGUGGGUGUGUAAGUGCAUGUGUGUGUGUGUGCGGAUGUGCGCUCAGAGACACACUAUCUUUGUCAGUAACUGCCACAAUUUUGGUCUUAAAAGCUUAGCUUCUGUUUUUGGUUUAAGAAAUAAAGAUGUCAUUUCUGUUUACUGACAUUAGACUCAAAAUUCAUGCAUAUGAUACGAUGAUGGGAUUUCUCUCCAACUACUUACCCGUCAAAAAGGGUGAAAAAGGGUAAACCUACAACCUUCACUAUCUUUAGCAUCAGUGACCUACAAGAGUUCUAUGAAGCUCCUCUGAGGAGUUUUUUUAAAUGGUAUGAACCAGGUUUGAAUCAUCUGUGAUCACUCUGAUAAGCUCCAAAAAAAAAACCACACCAGAUCAGCAACACUAUUAACAAGUUCUAAUAAAAUAGCUCUGUUUCCAUUUUCUGCCAUAUUUUUAUUGGGGUACAAAUGAAAGGGUUAAAAGAAAGCAGCAUAAGUCAUUUUUGUCGGAAAAAGUUGACAGAGUGACAUUGGCAAACUCAUCAUAGCGGCUACAGAAACAGUCAUAUAGGUUAAUAUGUUAACAAGUUAAUUUAUUAAAUUAGCACAAAAAAUAAAUAAAUUACACGUUUAUAUACAUAAAUUGUUGGUAUCAAGUCUGAUACUUAUAUCAAGUCUUUUCUGUUGUUCUAGUGUUCUUUCAAAAUACUGUAACAGCUUUUUUACCCCCCAUUUUUUUCUUUUUCUGGACAUCACAUUCGAACACAUGGUGAUAACAUACUAUGCACUUAUGUUUAAAUCUUAUUUUACCAACCUGACCUUGAACGUUUCAUAAUGUAAACAUAGGUCACAGUGAUUAGUUAACUGGACUUGCUUUUAUCUUGAUGAUUUCAACAUUGAUUUUAACAUUGGAUUAUGAUUUUUAACAAAUGGGACUCGCUAAAAGAUCUGGGUGUGCUCACCCUGGCUGCUUUGAGUGGAAGCAAAGGAUGGCAGCCCUGCAACACCUGCAGCAGGAGUUCACAGAGUGGAUUCAGGCAGAUAUUCAAAACUGUAUUUUGGCUUGAGUUGAUGCACAUGGAGGUUGUUUCUCCCCUUGUAAGAUUAUAUUUCACAACAUAAGCAGCUUCUCCUGUCAUCUCCAUCUUUAGCUUUGGUAAAAUGUAGCCUCACUUUGGACCUCAGCCCUGAUCGCAAGCAACAGACCACCAGAUUUCUUCUUUGUGUGGUUUAAUAUAAUACAAUACAGGAACUUUAUUCAGGAUGUUGAGUCUGUAUCCUAGCAACUGUUUCAUGAGGAACAUUACAUGGCACUUCGGCCGUUGCCUUUGGUAGGAUGUAUACAUGUAUUGUUAUGAUAUGACUGAACUCCCUUGGAACAUAAUACGGCCGAAGUGCAACUGCUAACAGUUCAAUAUCUGGACAACGCAUCCUCUCCUUAACAGUUAUGUGUGAAGAGUUACACCAUCUCUGGCUGACUAAUAAAGCCAGACCCCCUCUUUUCUUCCUGUCAUUAGCUUUAGAAUCUCUGUCUGAUCUUCUGAAUGUUACCUUUGUUUUUCAAAAACUAAGGUGUGUUCACCGUUGAUUUAAUCAACACAACGUGACUUAAUUCAAAGUUUAAAAUCACUUCAUGGGACCCUCAAGACUCGACAGCACAUUUGUUAAACUCAAACAUUAAAAACUUUAAAGUUUUGAAUAAUGCAAAACCAGUUUUUUAAUAGACGUGGUUGUAGUUCGCCAUCCCUAAACCCCCUAAUAUAUCAUGUUAUAUCAAAGUAUAUUGUAUUGCUUGGUAGUAUCCCAUCCUAUCAUGACUAAGCAAAAACUACUCCUAACUCUUACAGGAUAGGAUAAGGUCAGCAAGACAAUGAGGUAAAUUUAUUUGUCCACAGGGAGGACCAUAUUAACACAGGAAAAAGUUUUUAACAGAAGCUGUAUAAUAUUUGAGUUUUAGGACUCAAUUUCUUGAGUUGGCUUGUUCUGCAAAGACUGAUCCAAAUCACCGUUAUAAAACCUACUUUUACGGUGUCAUCGCUGUGUCAUCAUUAACCAAUGUUGUUACUUUUUUUUUCACAGACCAACAUUUUUCGAAAACAUUUUUGAAUCUCCCAUUCAGCCUGUGUGUAACCAUAUUACGCAAAUCUUCAAGUUAUUAAAGACCAAAAUGUCAUAUAUGGCUCAGAAACAUGCUGGCAGAAAAGUUCACAGCAGCCGUAGAUAAUGACAUGUAAAUUAAAAACUGUUGUGAAAUAUCAAUUGGAAUCAGAGGAAAUCAUUUCAAUGUGCUGAUUUUGACAUUUAACAUCAGAAACAGCUAGUUUGGCUCAAACCUGCUCACAGGUGUUGCAGAACUUAUUUUAUUUCAGACCUCUUUUCUCAAACUCAGAUAAGUAGUACGGGGCUGCACUGUGUUUUUUAAAUGAGAUGAUAUCACAUGGUUUAAGAGAGACAAUAUAUCAUAUUGGCUUUAAAUAGCGAUAAUAUGAUAUAUCACCCUCCAGGAGCAAAGACCUCCUACAGAGCAAUUAAUCAUUCUUCUCUACAAUCCUGCUUCAUAUAGUUCUUUCUGCUUAGGAAGCAGUGUGUGCAGGGUUUUUAUUAUGUUUCUAAACCACUGUAGUCACUUUAUCAUUUUCUCUGCUCCAUCUCUGUAUCUGUUUGUGUGUAUGUGUGUUCAAACUAAAUGUAUGGGUUGUUUUUAUGUGUGGCUGGAAAGGUCCAAAGCAGUCUGAGAAAAAGUUUUAAUGUAUUUAAGUCUCAUAACCUUGAGCUGGCAUAAACACCGGAUCUCACACAAACUUUUACACUUGAAGUGUACACAUCUCGCUCGGGGAGACUGAUUAUACAAAGAGGCCCAUGCAGGUCUAAUCUUUUGGGGAUUUGAGAGCACUAAAAGUAUUACCAGAAAUCUUAUUUCUCUUGUUUUGUGCUGCACUACUAAACAGACAGUGGGAGUAUGAUUUGAUGCAGCAAUGAUUUUAUUUGACCCUGUGUUUCUUUAGACUGUGUCUUCCCUUGAGCCACAAAAAAACUCCUGAGCUAAGUCUAUUACUUCAUUACACAAUAAUGAGAAGAGCAAAAGGGGCAAUGAAGUCAUAGCAGCUUGAUUAUAAGUGAGAGACAAACAAGUUAACGUGCUUGGACUUUAUCCUUAUUCCUUCCAGGCUCAAAAACUGGUGUCAAAUGUAACGGUGGAUACUUCUCUAUGUGUGGUAAGAACUGUUUACUUAUCCUGCACACAUGCAGCAUCCUAAGGCAUUUUUGUACAACUAACAAAUACAUCAGGUUGUAUAUAUGUCAAUUUUAUAUCCAAAUGUUACAUUCAUCCAAUUAUUUAAAAUAGAUCUGUCUAAAUGAGAUCUGUGUUAAUGGCUUAUUCCACCUGCUCUAACACAAGUAGGUCUCAUUUUUUACAACCUGCUAGAUAUGGCAGAAUGGUCAGCAGGGCUAAGCUUUCAAACCUGACCAUGAUGGCUUCACAACAACAAGAUAUAUGCUUUGUAACAUUCAACAUUAACAGGUCUAAUUAACUUAAUAUCACAUAGCGACUUAACCUUCAAUGUUUGACCUUUCUAUUCCCUUCGGUUAGCCUCCCACCUAUCACAUGCCUUAUUUACAGUCCCUUAAUUCAACCUGAUAAUACACCCAAAGCACGGAUUCUUUUUUUUACCCUUUAUAUGUUAAACAUAAUCUUUAUAUGUAAAUACAGCACAUUUGUUUCCUCAUAGUGUCACAUAUUUGUAAGCUUUAUUAGUAACACGUUAUUUGGCGCCUAUCUCUAUAUCGCAUUAUAAAUAUAUGCAUGAUGCAUUAUACUUACAUUAUAACACUGCAUAACUAUAGUUAAAAACACUCAUAAAUGAUCAUACUGCUCUAUAGCAAUAAUCAAAACACAUUAUAGAGCAUUUUAUCAUGACUUACAAUGUCAGGUAUUAUAAUGUGUUAUAACUGUUAACAGCAGUUGCAUUGCAUUAUCUAUGUGGGCAUUGUCAGUGAGUUGUUAACAGUUGAAACACAUUAUAAUACCUGACCUUGUAAAUCAUGAUAAAAUGCUUUAUAAUGUGUCAUUAUUAUUGCUUUUACACAUAAUGAUCGUUUAUGAGUGUUUAUAACUAUAGUUAUACAGUGCUAUAAUGUGAUUAUAAUGCAUUAUACAUAUAUUUAUGAUGCGUUACACAGAUGGGUGUCAAAUUAAGAGUUACCGCUUUUUCAUUUAAGGUUCACAUUUAAACCCACUAAGAUGAAAUGUCCAUUUUAAACUGUUUUUUGUGAACUUUUUAACUCUUGUGGUACUAACCCUUUGGGGUUUUUCCUCAGAAUCAUCAACUUGACCAGUCCAUGGACUCAAACGCCAUCCCUCGAAGCUCAGCCUCCAAACUCACCUGCCAUUACUCUUCAUAUAUCUUGGCACUGGCCUUUGCUUUAACACCAAUGGUAUCACAGCUCAAAGAUCUCCAGCUUUUGUAGAAUCUGAAGGCUACAGUUCAACGCUGAUCUCCACCAGUGAAUCGACUCAUUUUAAUUUCCACAUUUGUCAAAGUGCGACACCCUUCUUGAAAUGGAAAUGAGCUACGGAGAAAGAUGAGAGAGCAUCAACAAUCAAAGACAACUGUGGAUUUAAUCUUUAGAGUCUGUGUUGACUGAAAACAGACUUACUGAAGCUGUUUCUGAGAUAUCAGCUAAUUUGCCCAGGAGGGGGCAGUUUGGUGACUUCAAGACUCUUGAAGAUUAACCCAGCAAUCUGAUAACAUUUGCAUAAAUUCACCUUUUUGGAGUGAGAGUGAUGGGAGCAUGCACCAAUGAAUGGACAGCCAACGUGCUGACCAGAGUUUGGAGGAUAAAGCGGACCAUCUUCUGCAUAACUGUGCUGCUAUAACGCUUGAAUAAGGGAAAACUAAGUGUUGAUCUUAAGGUGUUGCUCUAUAAAAUAUGCUACAAUUUCAGAGAAUAGGAAAUAGGAUCCAUACCCCGUCAUUUAAGAGUCCAUAACAUUUUGUCAGAGUAUCCUCAAAGGAAAAAUAAACAUCAGCAACAACAAAGUAAAAGUUCAACAACAUGUUCGGUACUAGUUAUAGAUCAGUUUUGUAGAUAUCUGAUUGUUAUGGUGGUUUGUGGUUUAUCACAUCGCCUCUGGGUAAAGAUUUUGUACAUAUGAUACAUAAAGUGCAAAUCUAUGAUGUUAAGCUGCCGCUAGCUUGUAACAUAUUGUCUGUAAUGUUUUCGAGAGUUUAUGUUAGUAUACGAUGAUUGAGUCCUGCCAGUUUUGCCUGCCAGUUGUAACUAUGAUUUGUGGUGACAGACAUGACUUUACAGUGUGAAUUUGUUUGAAUAGUUCAGUGGAUAAAGCUAUCUUAAAGCUGUAUUUUCUUGAGGAUUAUUGAAUUAUUUGUGCAGCAGCAACAUAAGAAAAAAGCAGGAGUGUCUUUCAUUGCUAAAAGGAAGCUAUUCUACAAGCCUUCUUUUGUCUGACAAAAAGUUGUUCUGGCGGUUUGAUAAAGAUUUCACAGCCUGCCCUUGAUUGAUUUUAUUUUGUCAUUUUCAUUUGUCCGGGUAGAGAGAAGAGGACAAGGGGUUUUAUAAAAGAAAAGACUGUGUACAUACCCACAAGUACAGAGAAUGCCAAAAGACAAAAGCCAGUGGACAGUUAGCAAUUACGGUUGAUGUAAACGGAGGACAAAGACGAAAACACUUAUUAUAAAGUUAACAACAACAUCAAUAUUGAAAACAUUAGAAGAAUGGACACUAAAAACUUGUUUUGGAAUAUCAAGCCAUUUUUGAAGUCUACAAAGUGUCUGAUAAAACCACCCCUAUGUGUUUAAACUCUCAACAUCUGGACUAAAGUUGUGAUGAUGCACUUCUUUAUAGACUGUGUAUCAAAUUUGUUUUUGCUGGUAAUAAGAAAUUAAAAAAGGUUUUGAUGGAAAAAUUCUACUUCAGUAUUGACGUGGUUAAAAACUGGCAUAAACUUUAAGGCAUCUUACAUUGCAAACAAACUUUAUGUGGGAGUGGACACACAAAAAAAAACACACCCUAAAUUUUGGUCAUCUGUUCAGUGUUUGCAAACCAUUUGAAAUAAAAAUGAUGAACGGUGACUGUGCUGGUUUUUACAACU